AUGCAAUUCUCCAAAGCUGCCCUCCUCGCGGUCUUCGCAGCCACCACUUCCGUUAUCGCCGAUAGCCAGAUCAGUUCCGUUACCUGUAACAAGAAGAGCCUGCCCUUCACUCGCGAUGAAGCUCACGUCGCCAUCCAAACGGCCUGCAACGACAUCAAAUUGCAGGACCCCGGCUUCCACGUCUUACAAUAUCUCGACCGCCGUGUCAAGAUUACCGCAACUAUCUAUUGCAAGUUCUAUGAGUUCAAACCGUGCGAAGACAUUUACCAUGAGAUUAUGGAGGUGUGCAACACUGGCAAGGUGGAUCAAGUUGGUGGAAAGAAGGAGGACCCGAAUUGUGGCGUGUUCACGAUUGAAGGGUAUGAAUGGAAAUCGAGUGAUGAUGCUUGA